GCGCAGUGUAGCUGGAUGUGGCGCGUAAUUUAACCAGCCGCGGGCUCGUACGGGAACCGAGAUGUUCUGUGAGAAAGCCGUAGAGCUGAUCCGGGAGCUGCAGCGGGCAUCCGACGGACAACUGCCCGCCUUUAACGAGGAUGGAAUCAGACAGGUUCUGGAGGAGAUGAAAGCUUUGUAUGAGCAGAAUCAAGCAGACGUGAAUGAAGCGAAGACAGAAAGCCGCAGUGAAUUGAUACCAACAAUUAAAUUUCGCCAUUGCUGUCUUCUGCGAAAUAGACGAUGCAUUGUUGCCUAUCUGUAUGACCGUAUGCUGCGUAUUCGUGCCCUUCGAUGGGAGUAUGGCAGUGUGCUGCCCAACGCUUUGAGGUUCCAUAUGUCUGCAGAAGAGACCGACUGGUUUAAUCAGUACAAAAAAUCCUUGGCCACAUACAUGAGGUCUCUGGGAGGUGACGAAGGAUUAGACAUUACGCAAGACAUGAAGCCUCCAAAAAGCCUGUACAUUGAGGUGCGUUGUUUGAGAGAUUAUGGUGAAUUUGAGAUUGACGAUGGCACAAUUAUCCUUCUAAAGAAAAACAGCCAGCAUUUCUUGCCCAGAUGGAAAUGUGAACAGCUUAUUCGGCAAGGCGUUUUGGAGCAUGUAUUGUCAUAAGCUGGCUUGUAUUGUAUUUGUGGAACUCAUGGAUCUCUUUUAUGUGAAUAGUGACAUGUAAAUAUGGAUUUCUACUUUGAUUAAAUCAAUUUAUAUAAAUGUUCUUUCAUGGAAUUUCUCUUAAGGAUACAGAACUUUCAUGAGUGCAUCUUUAAAUUAACAUUUAUAUUUGCGACACGUUCUUUUACAUAUUCUAAAAACCUCUAACAUUAUGCAUGCAGUUGUUAAUACUUACAGAAAGUAGUACUAGGAAAGAUAAUCUGCAACUUGUGUGGAGUGGAUAGCCUGUCUGGUCUGAUCCUACAGAAUAGCUUUUGUACCACAUACUUCUGAAUGGUCAACAUUGGCUAUAAUAACUACAGACUCAAAAGCGUGGCGUGCUCAAGAGCAUCUGCUGUGGAAAUGUGAGCAUUAAAACUGGACUUUGGAGCAACGGAAGAUGGUAGCCUGGUCUGAUGAAUCCCAUUUUCUUUUUCACCUUGGAGGAGAUGGUACUAUAGGAGGAAGACAAGGCAGUGUGAUGUUGUGCUGGGUA